AUGCAGUCCAUCUUCACAGAUGUGGGGAAGCUGAGCCUGCAAGACCGGCUGGCUAUGUACUGCCCAUGCACAGUGACCACAGUGGAACUAAAGCAGAGCUCUGUGAUGCAGAGACUGGCCGGAUGGAUGCCCACUGCCAUCAGGGGGGACCAGAGCCCGUCGGACCUGGCCCUCAGUCUGGCCGUGAGGCAGCUGGAGGACGACACCUUCGUCUUCGCUCUGUGCCAAGACCACAAGCUGCGCAUGUGGUCAUUUAAGGAGCAGGUGUGCUUGAUGGUGGCAGACAUGCUGGAGUACCUGCCGGUGGGCCGCGGCGAGGUGAAGAGCCUGCCGGGCCAGGGUCACCGCCUGCGGCUGUCUUUCUCGUCCACCACGGGCCUGUGCCUUGCCGUCUACCUCGGCCUGCCUGGGCGUGGACAGUUCUGCGUGCUGCAGCUGGUGGCCGACAACAACCGCUACACCCUGGAUCACCUCUCCACCCUCUUCAGCACACAGGAAACACUGGUGGACUUUGCCUUGACAUCUACUGACAUCUGGGGUCUUUGGCUGGACGAUGACAACCAGACGGUUGUGAAAUACAUCAACUUUGAGCACAACUCAGCUGGCCUGUGGAAUCAGGUGUUCAUGCAUCCUUCUCCAGACGAGGAAGUCCACAUCGGCAUCGACCAGGACCCACGGGAGGCCUACCUCGAAAUCCUCUUCUCCCCUCUUCAAUUCACUGCCAUGGCUAUAGUCAAAGGCUUACAGAUUUAUAAGAGAGGCACAGAGCGGUUCCUUGACCUGCCCUGGGAGUCACUGAAGAGGGAAGUGACCCUUGCAGUUGAGACAGAGCUCCAGAACAGCGUCACCGAGUACGAGUUCUCUCAGGAAGAGUACCGCCAACUGCAGGUGGAGUUCUGGUCCAAGUUCUACGCCUGCUGCCUGCAGUAUCAGGAGGCCCUGUCCACUCCCCUGGCGCUGCUCAUCAACCAGGCCACCUCCAUGGCCUGCGUGCUCAAGAAGGGCUAUGUGUCUUACCUGUUGCCGUGCUUUGCUGUGGAUCACCUGUACCUGUCUGCUGAUGAAUACCUAUUCUCGGAGGAGGAGACUCCGAUGGCUGAAGACCCUGAGGUGGGCCGGGACGUGCUGCAGCUGGUGCACUGUCUGCGGCUGGUGAGUGAGAGUGUGCAGGGAGACAUGGCCUACGACAUGGAGAAGGCCCUGGACCACCUGCAGUCCCCAGAGAAGGCCGCCGAGCAGGUGCUGGAGAGCAUGCUGGCCAACGACAGUGAGAACAUCAUAGAAGAGAUCCAGAACAAGCUGCAGGACAUCCGCAACCCGAUGGUGGCCAUGUCUGUCCUGCUGCGGGAGAUGGACCUGGAGACGGACACCGAGACCGGCGCAGAGGGAGCAGCGCUCUUAGCAGGCCGUUCUCUGGGUGUGCGGAUCAGCCUGUCGCAGCUGUACGGCAGUAGUGUGGCCGUGCGGGUGGUGUGCCAGGCCGUGUGCCACUUGGCCCUCACACGCGCCAUGCUGUGCAGGGACCUCCUCAUCCUGCAGCAGUUCUACCUCCGGCUCGGGGACAACGUGUUUCUGGGAGGAGGUGCCCAGUUGCUGCAGCUGCAGCAGGACCUGAUCCCGCGCUGCUCCCACCUGCUCUGUUCUUACUACCUGCUGAAGAAGAUCAGCCAGAGCGUCUCCUCGGCCGUACCCCUCGACAUACUCGAUGCCAAUCUUCAGCACCUGUCCGUACUUGAGCUGUCCGACUCCCCUGCCCUGGCGCCCAACCGAUCAGUGCUGAAUCCCCAGACGGUGGUGGAGCUCUUCUACCAGAAUGUGUCGCGUAAGAUCAUCAUGUCCCAGAUCUACUCACAGCAAGAGGCCCAGGCUGGUCAGGUGCCUCUGCUCUGGCCUCAGAUGGCGUCCAGUGUGGUCACCAGUCUCUCUCAGCUCCUCUGGCCAAGCAACCCCGGCUUCCUGUUCCCCGAGUGCCUGAUGGGGAACUGCCAGUACACACAGCUCCAAGAAUAUGUGCGUCUGAUUGGGCCCUGGUGUCAGGUGAACGUGGGCUCCUGUCGCUUCAUACUGGGUCAGUGCUAUCUGGCCACUGGGGAAGGGCAGAAGGCCCUUCAGUGCUUCCAGGAAGCAGCGACUGAAGUGGAGAAGGAGGACUUCCUCAUGCGUCUCUGCGGCACCGAGGACGAGGAGACAGCAGCCAGCGCCCCUCGUCUGCAGUAUUACAACAAGGUGCUGAGGCUACUGGAGGAUGUUGGCUUACCUGAGCUGGUCAUCCAGUUGGCCACCCUGGCAAUAUCAGAAGCAGUCAAUGACACCAGGAGUCAGGCAGCUCUCUGGACGCGCAUUUUCAAACACCAUCUAGACCUGGGACACAACAGCCAGGCCUACGAGGCGCUGGUCCAGAACCCGGACCAAAGCAGGCAGCUGGACUGUCUCAGACAGCUGGUGGUGGUUCUGUGUGAGCGGUCCCAGCUUAAAGAUCUGGUCCAGUUCUCCUACGUCAACCUCCACGAUGAGGUCGUCAGUAUUAUUGAGUCCCGUGCCAGAGCUGUGGACCUCAUGACUCACAACUAUUAUGAGCUGCUGUAUGCUUUCCAUAUCAACCGCCACAACUACAGAAAAGCUGGUACAGUGAUGUUUGAGUACGGCAUGCGGUUGGGUCGGGAGGUGCGCACGCUCGGUGGCUUGCAGAAGCAGGUGAACUGCUACCUGGCCGCACUCAACUGCCUGCGGCUCAUCCGGCCCGACUACGCGUGGAUCGUCCAGCCCUCCUCCGGAAGCACAUAUGAACGUCCAGGUGCGUCACCAAAACGAAACUACGAUGGCGAGUUUGCCCCUGGCCCAGUGAAUAGUCAGAUUGACAUCUUGGAGCUGACGGACCUGCAGAAGGAGUACAUUCUGGCCCGCAGUCGCCUCACUCUGGCGCAGCAGCACCCUCCCUCAGCGGCCAUCGCAGGAAGUGCCACUGCAGUGGACAUGGUGGCGUUGCUCGUUCAAACGGGGCUCUUUGACACGGCUCUCUCCCUCUGUCAGACGUUCAAGCUCCCCCUCACACAGGUCUUUGAAGGGCUGACGUUCAAGUGCAUCCGACUGCAGUAUGGUGGAGAGCAGAGUCAGAAUGAAGCCUGGACCUGGCUGGCAGCCAAUCAGCUCUCCUCUGUCGUCACCACCAAGGAAUCCAGUGCUACUGACGAGGCAUGGCGGCUCUUAGCCUCUUACCUCGAGGCACAUCCUUCCCAGAAUGCUCAGCACCACCGGUGUGUCAUCAACAAGCUACUCUCACACGGUGUGCCUUUGCCUGAUUGGCUGGUUAAUGCCUACAAGGCCGUAGACACUGCCGCUCUGCUCCGUCUUUAUCUGAAGUUUGACCAGCUGGAGCCAGCCACAGAACUGGUGCUGGAAUACGUUGACGCUCUUCUCGGAAAGGGACACCAGUACUUUGGAAUCGAGAAACCUCUGUCAGCCACAGCACCCGUUGUUUGGCUUCCAUACACGUCGAUAGACCAGCUGUUGGUCAGUCUCGGUGAUACACAGAAUAUGAAGUUGUUUGAGAAGUUAAGAGCCAAACUGGAUGAGUAUCAUGAAGUGGUGGAGAACGCAACCAGACACCGAGUCCUGACCCACUAACCCCAGCCUCAGAACUGCCUUUCUACGUGGUGUUUCUUGUCUGUCCCUGGUGUACCCUCAUUUUCAAAACAACAAAAAGUACAACCAAAUAAAUAUAUUUUUGUAUGGGUUAAUGAAACGGAGAACUAUUUCUACGCACUUGGAUAAAACAUGCCGAGAUGUCCUCAGUGAUUGUGUGGAUGGUAGCCAGGGCUUAAGUGUCUGUCUGAAGUGACAGCUAAGCACUCUGAUGUACAGUAUGUAUUAUGUGAAAGAUAUCCAACAGCAACUUUCAUGUGUGUGUGUGUGUUUUUUAUUGUAGAUGUAUGUGAUGUCAUGUUUUGGCUCUAAUGUACUCUACCUGUUCUCUUCAAUCAGGUCUGUGGUAAAUUGUGUAAGGAAUGUAAUAAAGACUUUUCCACAUGGCUA